AUGGCAUCAAAUGAAAACUUUGAUGAUUCCAGUCCUAGCUUUGAUCCUUUCGAUUACACCGAAUUUGAUGAAAUGCAUGAAAACCAUGUAUUACAAAAUCGACGCAUUGACUCCAUGAUCGAUGACGUGGCUUUUCAGAUUCCAACUCUAUCUUUACAACCUACAAACAACACUGAUAGAGCACCACAGUCAUUUAUUGAACGUCGUUGUGAGCAAGGCCAUGAAGCGAUGAGAGUAUUGGCAUACGGAACAGGAGCAGACUUGCACGAUAAAUACAUUAGAAUGAGCGCACAAACUAUAAGAAAAUUAGUUGAAAAAUUCGUGCAAGGUGUAGUUCACAACUUCGGUGGGGAGUACCUCAGAAGGCCAACCGAAGAAGAUCUUGCUUAUCUAUUGUAUGUUGGUGCUCAACGCGGUUUUCCUGGUUCGAGAAAUGAUAUCAACGUGCUUCACCAAUCGCCUGUUUUUUCAGAUAUAUUGGAAGGUCGAGCACCAAAGGUUAGUUAUGUGAUAAAUGGCCAUGUAAAAUAUAUGGGAUAUUAUCUCACUGAUGGUAUAUAUCCUUCAUGGGCAGCAUUUGUCAAAUCUAUUAAUGGUCCACAAGCUCGAAAACAUCAACUGUUUGCUCAACAUCAAGAGGCUGCUCGAAAAGAUGUUGAGCGAGCAUUUGGAGUUUUACAAGCUCGUUUCAAUUUUAUCAAACGACCAUGUCUCAUGUGGGAUCGUGAUAUGAUGGAAAAAGUAAUGCUUGCUUGCAUCAUUAUGCACAAUAUAAUAGUGGAAGACGAGCGGCAUACUUACUUAAAUUACAGUGAUCCAACAGAAUUUAUGGAAGUUAGAAGGUUCAAUAGCCAAAGUGGAGAUGUUGAAGCUAAUGAUGAUCCUAAUUUUGAAUUUUCCACGGAACGGAUUGCAAGUCUAGAAAGCUAUAUGAGGAACAGGACACAACUUCGCAACAGGGAAGCUCACAAUGCUCUUAAAAAUGACUUGAUCGAACAUAUUUGGCAAAAGUUUGGCGAUGAUAAUUAA